AUGUUAAUCAGUUACAUAGUGUUUAUAGUGUUAGCGAUGUUCUUCUCUAAAAACCAUCUGAUUGGUCGUGAUGGCAAGUUUGCACUGGUUUGCCGUGAAAUUCUGAAGUUCACACCGACUGGCCCAGGUGUGGAAGCUGAUCGGUUGUCCAAGUUUUCACUAUACCUUAUCGGACAACUAGUUUAUGGCACUACUGUCAUUUUUAGCCGACAAGUGGUUAUUUUUGAGCAGGAUGUGCGGAGCGUCUACGAGAGCUGUAAGCGAUUGCCGAUGGAGAUUGAAGACUACGAUCCUGCUACAUUGAGUGAAUUCAUUGCACCGAGGAAACGCCAGCGCCGUUCCAAAUUAUCUAUAGCAGAAAUGAAUACUGAUAUUGACAUUGACGAGGUUCCGGAGAGCAGAUUUGUCCAUCUUGCUCGUCCAUCUGACAUCACACUCUUCGAGCCCGAGCCAGUGAUUUGGCAACGACCGGACAUCUUUCACGAAGACGAAAAUCAGUUACCUAUCAACUUCAGCAAGAACCAUUUGUCAUUGUCUCAUCGUCAAGUGGUUGAUGAGGAAGUGUCACAAAGACCAUCUUUCGACAAUCAUGAUCAUGAGUUGGUAAAUAACCGUGAGCCAUCACCGUUGAGGCUAUCGAUGGAUCAGGCCGCGGAUGGACAUCGAAGUGCAGAAGAAACUGAAUUCAAGCCGGAUAUAACAAAUAUUAGUCAAGUGGUGGAGUCCAUAAAGAAGUUGCAGCAGGACUAUUCGGCUCUUUUAAAAACGAAAGAAGAACUUUCUGUGAAUGUGGUAAAGCAGAAGCAUCCAACAGUUGAACAACUGCUUUUACCUUAUCCAGCAUAUGCCGGAAAUAGGUUCCCUACUGAGUGUAGACAGCUUUAUCGAAGUCGUUUCUCUGAUACGUUGACUUAUCAAGAAGCGAUGACUGAGCGCAUUCUUGACCCAAUCAACCGUGGGCCAGCCUCUACGCUAUGGCGCUAUCGAGAAAGUAGCACAGAAACUUCUAUAGAGAAAUUGGAAGACAAAGUCCUACCUGGGGUUGCCUACUGUAGCGGAACUCCCGAUAGGGUUCGUAUAGGUUCACGUGAGGCGGAAGCUUCUACAGCUGAGGUGCAGGUAAAUUUUCUGUUUUCAGUUGGAACUGUUCGUCUCCGAAUCACCUCUAAUGGAUCUGUUGGUUUUCUAACAACAUUUUUUAAUAUCUUAAGUGGCUACGUCGUCGGGAUCCGCUAUCCUUGUGUAGUCCUUCACCGAAUCCAACUCUAA